AUUGCGGUCGUUGUCCGUCACAAAGCAACGCAGACAAAAACCUCGAUUUUCAUCUUCUGCACCAGCCAGUAAAGGAAGAUACUUGGCCUCAGAAGGUUCCAUUUGCGAAGCCAAGGUCCAUCAACGAAGCCGUCCUCACGUCGCCAGCCCAUAACUUCGCAGCGCAUCCCUGAGAGCAGCACGCCACGAACGAGAACGAGCGCUCGGCGCCAUUCCCUACGCCAGUCACUCCAACAAUCAUGGCGCAAACAGCAGCCGGCGGGUCCUAUAACAACCCGCUGAAGAAGUUCAAACUCGUCUUCCUCGGCGAACAGAGCGUUGGCAAGACAUCGCUCAUCACACGCUUCAUGUACGACUCGUUCGACAACAUGUACCAGGCCACCAUCGGCAUCGAUUUCCUCUCCAAGACCAUGUACCUAGAAGACCGGACAGUGCGGCUACAGCUCUGGGACACAGCGGGACAGGAACGAUUCAGGAGCUUGAUUCCCUCCUACAUCCGGGACUCGAGCGUGGCGGUGGUGGUCUACGACAUCUCAAACGCGAAGAGCUUCCAAAACACAAGGAAAUGGAUCGACGACGUGCGCGCCGAGCGGGGCAACGAUGUCAUCAUCGUGCUGGUGGGCAACAAGACGGACCUGAACGACAAGCGCGAGGUGACGACGCAGCAGGGCGAGGAGGAGGCCAAGCGCAACAACCUCAUGUUCGUCGAGACGAGCGCCAAGCUGGGCCACAACGUCAAGACGCUCUUCAAGAGGAUAGCCCAGGCCCUGCCCGGCAUGGAGGGCACCGACGCCGCCGCCCAGGCGUCCAGCCAGAUGAUCGAUGUCAAGACCCCCGCCGCCCCGCAGCCGCAGGAAGGCUGCGCGUGCUAGAGUGGUGCCUCGGGGAACGGAGUUGUGGUGAUGGGAAGGACGGAUGGAGAGUGUGUGUCACUCGCUCUGCAUUUACGAGGGGGGUGGUUGUACUGGGAGGGGAAGGCAAGGCAGGGGACGCGGGAUAUGGAGGCUUCGUCUGCAUCAGCGUCUUACCAUGAAUCAAUUUAAUAAUAUCUACUGAC